UCAAUCUAACCAUUGUUGUUGUUCUGCUUACAGAACUAAGGCAGGCUUUGCAGAAUACAUAAUACUGAACGACUUGGAUUGCAUAAGACGCUUCCUAAACCACAAGGACAUUUUGUAUCGAUCCCGAAGCUUCAUCUUCAGUGACUCCUUGGACAUUGGAUUUGCAAGGUAUGGAGGCAAGCUAUGGGAUGAAAAUCGGCAAUUCUCGGUGAAAGCACUGCGCGACCUCGGAUUUGGGAAAUCUGCCAUGAAAGACGCUGUGGCAGAAGGAUGCGAGCGCCUUGUCAGCCGGAUUGCCAAGGCAGAAGGAAACCCUCUUGACCUCUCCGAGCUGAUCCUGGCAAGUGCAUCGGAUAACAUCGGCCUGUUUAUCUUUGGCCGGCGCUAUAAGUUCGGCAAUCACGAGCACAGGAACCUGAACACAGCGCUACGGGAUGAGUUUAUGGCAAGCCGAGACCCAAGCACUUUGGAUUCGCUGCCUGCUUUCGUCACAACGCUGGCCAGGCUGGUUCCAUUCACACGAGCGGCCAAUUUGGUCGUGGCUGUAAAGCAUAUUCAGAAAUUUGUGAGUCGCCAUCUUCCGGAUCACGUGGACACAUACAGGGACGGAGACGAUCGCGAUUUUAUGGACGCUUACCUCAGAAAGUGCAGUGAACCAGACAACUGCAAGUCUACUUAUCCCAUGUCAUCCCUAAUUGGCAACGCCGGAAGCUUCGUGUUGGCAGGAGCUAACACAGUGUCCGCGGUGCUCGUGAGGUUGCUGCUUUUGCUCGCCACCCACGCCGACACGGUGCAGGAUCGGGACGUUGAUGAGUUCAUGAACAGCGAAAGUCAGCCGAGCUGGGAGGACAGGCACUCGACGCCCUACACGCUUGCCACAAUCUGGGAGGUGCACAGAUGGCACCCGCUUCUUCCUCUUGGAGUGCCGAGACGCGCAUGCCAGGACGUUGUCAUAGGCGAACACUUCGUGCCUAAAGACACAACCAUCAUAGCCAACAUCUGGGCGGUGCACAAUGAUCCUACGUUCUGGAAUGAGCCCGAAAAGUUUGAUCCUACUCGCUUUCUUAACGGAGACGGUUCGCUGGCGUGGGAGAAGGCAGAGAAAGUGGUCCCUUUCUCUGUUGGUAAGAGAAUGUGCCCAGCAGAGAUUUUCGCUUCCGUUGAAAUCUACGUCUACCUGACGCGACUGACACAGAAGUUCUUCUUUCUUCCGGAAGAAGGAGUUGCGUUUGAUGCGAACAUUCCUGACGCCCUCAUGAUGCAGCCUGGACGCCUCAGGUUCCGCUGCAUACCUCGAGCACCUCCACUUCCGUGAUCCCGCCGCCACUUUGAGAGUGAGAACUGAGCACCGACGACUUUCACUCGCGCGUAGGGUGACUUGCUUCGCGAAAUUCUUGUUCGCCGUAUUCACGUUAAAUUUAUCUUCCAUUAGCUGACCGCACCAUGUGUCAACUCGGGUGUGGAUUCACACAAAGGUUUUUACGACUGAACCUUUCGUAAGAGGGAUGAAAGCCAAAUGUAAUGUCGGAGAGAAUAAUGCGAUAAGUAUUAAUAUUGGGAACUUCGCCUACUUUCCAGUUUGCAGCUAACCUCGGUCACCUACUGAGCGACACAAGUUGUCUACUAGCUUGGGUCACCAGGUAUGAGCUAGGUGUUGCCUUCCUGAGCAGACAUUAACCACUGCGUAUGUGCCCGAUAGACAACUUGCUGCUGGCUGCUGGGACAGUAUGGGUCACUGCAGGGGUAUGUGCCGGAACACACUACUUCGGCACUGCCUAUGAGAUAAUGGUAUGUGACCAGUCGUGACCAAUAUCCAGAAAGGAUGCGCCAAGGUACCAUAGAUGUAUGUAUCACGAAAUACAUUCAAGCGACGACGUCCCAUCUGCAACAGACACCUCCGCUUAGUGCGCGGCUGCUUGAUGCAUUGCUAUUGCAACAAAGCUGAGGCCAGGAUACUAUGAAUCUGUGGAUAGUUUUGUUUACAGAAAAAUAACUUCUCCCGAUGAUCACGUUAUUCUGCAAAAUUACAUUAACCUAAUAAAUAUGUGGUGUAGUAAAUGGCAAAUGGUUCUAAAUUCAGGCAAAUGGAAACUGAUUUCUUUCAGUCGCAAAAAAUCUAACUCAAAUGUUUCCUACUUUAUUAAUAACCCUGCCAUAGCUCGUGCUCAGUCAUACAAAUAUCUAAGAAUACACCAGACUCACAACCUUUCCGUUGUCCCCUCACCAAAAUAAUUUAAUCUUUAACUUAGGCCGCGUAUAAAACCGGGCUGCCCGGUUGUCUUCUGGAAGUUAUGACCGCGAGACUAGCAUUAGGAAAAUUAAAAUUGAGAAUUCACUGAACCCUCUUCAAAUUCGUCGUUCCCCUUCCCCUUAUGUUUGAUUCAUGGAUACAUUAACCACACCAGGCCACCUGCCUUACCAUUGGAAAUCGCACUGCGCAUGUCUCGACGGCUUCAUAAUCACGUUAGCAUCAAGCGUAGCUUUUGUACGACACAAUCGUUUAACUUAUCAGCGUUGCCGCUUGCCAUUUUACAUUCAAACGGUCUCCCUAACGAUUGUGCCU